UGAAGGUCAGUCAUCAGUUUCUGCUUGGUUUCAAAGAUCCAGGAGAAGCUUAGUGUUGUUCAUAGAUGCAAAUGGACCCAUCACAGCAGUUUAAUCCAACCUCCGUCCCAGAGUCUUCACAAAUGCUGACCCAAGAAAAUUCUCGGGACGAUUCAGGGGCCUCUGAAAUCUGUUCCGAGAUGUUGAUAAAGAACCUUAGUAACUUGACUAUCAAUGCCACUAACGAAUCCCCUUCCCCUCUACCAGAAGAGUCACUCCAUCGAGUGAUAGACGGAAUUGCUGCAAGAGCACCAGUCCUCAGGGAAAUCAGAGAUGACUUGAUUUACAGGAGGAGAGGAGUAAGAACAUUGCUGUCUGUGCAGAGAGAAAGGAUGGCAAGAUUCAGAUACAUGUUACUGGGCAGAGUUCGUACGCAUGAAAGAAUACUAACAAACACUGGGCUUAAGGGAGUUAGGAAGGAAUCAAGACCAUUCAAAUGUCCCUGCAGUUUUUGCGUGUCUAAUGGAUGGGAUCCUUCUGAGAAUGCUAGAAUAGGGAAUUAUGACACCAAGCCACUUCAGCCAUAAAACUUAUUCUUGUACCUUUUUCUUCUUGCUGGUAAUCUUAUAUAGCAGGUUGUGAAAGCUAUUCUGUGCUAGUAUAGACUAUACACCAAUAAUAUUAACGAGUUCUAGGAUGUAUUUUUCUUCUUGUAUCUUUUUCUUCCUACUAUGAUACUAGUCAUUUGUAAGGGAUCUGUGUCAUUUGAAUGUAUUUGAAUAACUUUAGCUCUACUGUUUGAUUUGACCCAAAGACGAUAUAAGUAUUCCCAUGUGUCUGAGAAGCCCAAAGUCAGUGAGAUGAAACCCAACAUCAAGAAACUGAAGCAAAGUUACUUGUGGAUAAAGAAAGCAUUAGGUAGUUUGGCUAUAGCAUAAUAACUAGAUUUUCUGGCUUUCAAAAAUUUGGAGUGCAGUCACAGCAAACGUUGUUAUUUUUACAGUUUUCAGUACAAAAAGGUGUUUAUAUAGAAACAAUAAAGUUGACAUUUGAGUACCUUU